UCUUCCAUACAGCAUGGAGGACGAAAACUUCAUGGACGGUUUGGACCAACCCUUCAUGGACGGUUCGGACCAACCCUUCAUGGACGAUUCGGACCGAAAUUUAAUGGACAGAUCCAAUGAAUUUGUGAUGGAGGGUGGCAACCAAACAAUCAACUUCAUGGGACCGGAUCCUGAUAAAGAAAGGAUUUAUGGAAUUCUGGCCAAGUUUGUUCCCUACGUGGUGAUACCGCUCUUCGUACUUGUUAUAUUCAUAGGGUUUGUGGGUAACCUACUGGUAGUGCUGGUGGUCAUCAUCAACAAGAACAUGAGAAACACAACCAAUCUCCUUAUCUUCAACCUGGCGGUGGCAGACAUCUUGUUUAUUGUGUUCUGUGUUCCGUUUACAGCAGCUGAUUACUACUUUGCCUCAGUCUGGCCCUUUGGGGAUGCAUGGUGCAGGAUUGUACAAUACUUGAUCAUUGUCACAGCAUUUGUGUCUAUUUAUACCUUGGUCUUCAUGGCUUUUGACAGGUUUCUAGCUGUUGUUCUCCCAAUUUUCUCUAAAACGAUCAGGACUGUUCGGAACACUAAGCUAGUAAUAAUGUUUAUCUGGAUGCUGACGACUCUACUGGCUAGCCCGGCUAUUCUAGCUCACGGCCUGGACUCUAUGUCUGGACCAAAGAUAGAGAACCAAACAGUGACGGAUGGACCGUACUCCUGCUCCUAUCUCAAGGAUUUCCAGGUUUCCUGGAGCGUAUUCCAGAUUCUGUUCUUUGUGUUUGGUUACUUUCUUCCACUCUCACUCAUCACUUGUCUCUACUCUGUUAUGCUUUACAGACUUCUUAAACAGGGUCCUGGAGGUCACAGUAGCAGUAGGGACGCAUUAAAGAACAAGAAGAGAGUAGUGAGGAUGGUUGUUGCAGUUACAGCUGUAUUUGCAGUAUCCUGGCUCCCAAUUCAAUCCAUUCUGCUCCUUAAAUCCCUUGGACUCUAUCCAGUUACAAUCCCUAAAAUAAUAAUACAGAUUGCAUCUCAUGUUCUUGCAUACAGUAAUUCCUGCAUGAAUCCGAUCCUCUACGCUUGGCUCUCUACUUCCUUCAGGGCUGGGUUUCUGAAUCUGAUACCAUGUGCUCCCCGCGCAGUUGUUCCCCUGCACCCAGAACGCCAGGAAAGAAGGCGGCAACCUAUAGAAAUGAACAGGUUGGAUAUUCCCCGUAUUCCUCUUCUAGCGGAGAAGACAACCGCAGAUGAGCAUGAGAACCAUCAAACUACAAAUAUAGAUCACCCUGUACCUGCGAUCAUUCCGAUAGAUCAGCCGGCGAUCAUGGUUCGUCAACCUGUAUUAUAAACUGUGUUCGAUCUGAAUCUACAGACUCUCUUAACGAUCUUCAUAUCAAUCUGUAAACAUUUAUUAACUGUUAUUUAUGCUUAUUGGAAGUUUGAUUCUGAUUAAUUGCAGAAAACUACUGUUCCACAAACCCACAGUGAAGUUUAUAGAAAAAAACUACUGAUAUAAGACUAAGGAAUCAAAUAAAUAUGAAUAAUGAACAGCAAUUGCCUGAACCGGAAUUUAAACCCCGCCAGAGUUCACAGACCCUGCCGUAAAGAGUACAGUACGUACUACGCAGUACAGUGUAAAUUAGCAUUACAUUAGCGUGAAUAAACGUAGUUAUAAAGACGAUUAAGACUAUAAAAAUAUAGUGAAUAGUUAGCUUGUGCAGUAAAUCCUUUCUGUGCAUUUUUAAGAACUUUGUUAAAACAAUUUAAUCAGCAGAGUUACUGUUUUUCGUUAAAAGGCAUUUAGUCACAUAUUCUAUUUUAGAAAACUUUAGGUAAAGUACAGUGCAAGAGAGUGAAUGAUUAUUAAUAACUUUAUUCUCAAAGAGAAAUAUUUAAUCCUGGAAAAGGACUGUAGGCUAGAUUUUAAGUCUACAUUUACCACUAUUUGUCGUCUUUAGUUACUUUAUCUUCUCAAGUGCAUUGUUCCAAUGUUCCGUGGCUAUUGCAAUAUUUUUACAAGUUUCCCUACUCAAACAAUUAAAACAACAAUAAUAGGUAAAAGCAAUUGUUUUUUUGCUGUUUUUACGGAUUCUUCUAAAAAAUGA